ACUCCAGACCCAAUCGCUUUUGUGAUGAAGUUCAUUGAGGGCAAGAUGAUGAUAGAAUUCAAGGGAAGCUGGUCUGCCUUCCAAGUGGCACAAACUCAAGUCCAAGAAGUAGUCCAAGAAGUGGUGGAAACUGAAGUCGUCACCACUAGUUGACUCCGGCUUUUCCUACAAUAUCUGCUUCAAAGUUCAUUUCAUCGAAGAUGACGUUGAUGCUCAUGAUAUUAGGAUGCGCUGGGAUCUGAAAGAGUUCACGGAGCCCGAGGGAGCUAACUACACUAUUGUUUACCAAGCUACGCAGGCUGACGGUGGAAGAGAGUUCGUCAUCGCUUACUUCCAUCCGGUAACCGGGGAGCUGUUCCUGUUACGUGGUAUUGUCAAGGACGACAAGGUCACAAUCCUCAACACAGACAAGUUCGACCAGGAGCAUCUUAAGCUUUAUAUAACAUUCUACAUCAAGGAUCCAGAACUCCAGGUCAAGAUUUUUGAGGAAAUCGAGGCCAACCCAACAUGGACGAUAAUGAUCCUCUACAAAUACGGAGUAUUCGCCGAGGCUGUUGACCUGGCAUCAAUGGUUACGCAUAUCUCAGCAGAAGACGCAGAUAAUAAACCAGUCGAAAGCAAAGAUAAGGAAGAUGAUGAACAUGUCAGAAAGGCCAGGGAAGCCCAGAAGAAAGCAGAGGAGAAGGGAAAGAAAGGAACUGGGCCACCAGAGGACGGAAAACCAUGGAGUUGCGGUAAAGUAAAAUGGGAGCUCCCCAAGGAGGAAAAGAAGUUCAGAGAUGUUGGAAAAUUAAAGAUCCCAGACUUUGGAGCUAAGGAAGAGGAAAAGAGCACUAAGGAUGUCGGCAAGCUCAAGUGGGACGGGUUUAGCGCUGAGGAGCCUAAAGAAGUCGUUAAAGAAAAGCCUAAAGUUGGUAAACUAAACCUGGGAGCUUUCGGAGGCGCACCAGCGGAAGCCAAAGCACCAGUGAAAAGAUCGUGGAAGAAGAAGGAAAAGACAGCUGAGGAGAACGGCGCAAAAUAAAGUUUG